AACAGCUUUGUUUUGACUGAAAAUCUGUUGCGUAAGCAAGCUUUUUUCCGUACACCUCGUAGCCAGAGUCCGUAUAUAAAAUGUUUAUAGCUGAGCUUUGAGCUGAUACCUAUCAGCUCAACAAUUUUAAGAUAAACGUAAAAGGAACAUUUUGCAAACGAAAACGUUUCUUUCAUAGGAAAACGAACAAGAAAGUCGUACUAUAUGUAGGAAACACGUCGAAAUAGUAAAUCCAAUCGUGAACAUGUUAACUAUCAAGCGUUUGACAUUUAGUCUUCUGCUCUUGUUUUACAUUACAACUUCGGUAAAAGGGAGUGGACAGGCAGCACAACCUGCUAAAACUUGCACGGUUAAUCUUGAUCUACUACCAUUGCAGAGAUGGAACAACUUCACUAGUUCAUGUGGAUUCAACUUAACCAAGGGAAGGGAGAUUAUUAAUGCUUUAAUCAAGUCCGUGGUGAAACCUGAAGUGAUUGAGCUCCUGCAAGAUGUUGGUGCAAAACUAGAUGACUAUCUUCCUCUUCCAUAUUCUGAUGAAUUGCGUGGUUUAAGUUCAACGUUGGGUCUACCACUUGGUGAUCUGGUCAUUUUAAAUCUUCUCUACGAUAUCACGGCUUAUGAUGAUUCAAGUUCAAAAGCGUGUACAAGCAUAGUAGCUUCGGACAAACAGAAUAAAAUAAUUCAUGGAAGAAACCUUGAUUAUCAAAUGCAACCUAAAUACUUAAGAGAAAUCACAAUACAAGUCGAUUUUCAGCGAAAUAAAAAGUCCUUGUUUAUGGCAACCACAUAUGUUGGGUACAUUGGUGUGAUCACUGGGUGUCGCCAUGGAGCAUUCUCUAUAUCAGGUGACGAACGAGAUAAAGGAAAAUUAUGGAAAAAUAUCCUUACUGCUUUAAAUGGUGGAAAAUCAACGUUUUUCGCUCAGAGAAUGAUAUUAGAGCAAGCUAGAAACUAUGAGGAAGCGUUACAGAUGGCUAUCAACACCCCUACAAUAGCCCCUGUUUAUUUUAUACUAGGAGGUGUGAAGUCAUGGGAAGGUGCAAUUGUGGUGAAAGAUAGUGGGAAAGUUGCAAAUGUUUCAUUGCUAGGAAGUGACUUAAAACACCCUUGGUACAUUGUUGAGACAAACUAUGAUCCCUGGUUGAGACCACCAGCAACUGAUGAUAGAAGAGACGCUGCAAUCAAUGCAAUGAACAAAGUUGGAAAAAAUAAUUUCAGCCCACAACAACUGUAUAAUGUACUUUCGGUUAACUUGGUGUUUAACAAAGAUACAACUUAUACCACCAUCAUGAGUGCUGCCGAUCCAAGUGUUUAUCAUACCAUGAUUAGAUAUGAUGCACCUAACUGAAAUUAUUUGGUAAACACUUUAAAUUUCCACCUUGCUUAAAUUUCCUCACUGUCAACUUUUUUCAAUUUUUAUUGAUUUUAUUUUAAACUUUAUUUAAAAGUUUAUGUUUUUGAAAUAAAAUAAAAUAUAUGUUUUUGACCUACAGUUACUUUAUUAGAAUUUCUACCUAAUAAUACUUUUGAAUGAUGUGGUACAUUUUACAUUUAUGAACAUCAAAGUGAGCAAUCUCUUCCAUGACUCCUUCAACACCAUUUAUUGACUGGUGGUAAAAUUUAUCAUAUAUGCAGUUUUUUUCUUGUUUUUUUUUUAUAAUUAUGCAGAAUUUUUUACUUAAACUUUUGUUCCACAAGUGUAAACAUGUCAGAUAUUGUAAGAGAUAAAUUGACCAAGUAUAUUUUAUUGAAUAUUUCACCUGCCCUUACCCAUAAAUCUGUGCAAUCUAUUUAUUUAUGUCCUUACUUUUAGAUUAUGUUUAUUAUAUUUUUAAUUGUUUAUUAAAUAUGGAAUUACAUACUUCGGUGAUUGUAUUAUGAAUGAACUAGCUAAAAUCAUGAAGGGAAUUAUUCCAACUGUAAUUACUUAGAUAUUAAAUGUAACACAUGGCAGGGACUGUUUUUCACUUUUAAUGUGACUAAAUUGCAAUUUAAAA